UCACUCAUUCUUGUAUCCCUUCUUAGUCUGUCUUUUGCCUUCUAUUUAACUCGCCGCUCUUUUGCUAUUCCCUCAUUAUCCAGAACCCGCUUUCUUCCAUCGCCCCUUCAUUCACAGAACUUCCAUCCAGCGUUCCCUUUCCCGAUUCCAGUCUUCCACUAUGCGUUUCUCGGCCGUCGCAGCAACUGCAUUGGCUGUGGCACCUGCCAUGGUGUCUGCCGCUAGGGGCACCAUGGGCUUUGCCCUGGGCACGAAGGAGUCUGAUGGCAAAUGCAAGACACAACAAGACUACGAACUUGAUUUCGAUACUCUUGAGAAGGCUACUGGUACCAAAGUUGUCCGCGGAUACGCGGCUCACGACUGCAACUUCGCAAAGAACGCGCUCCCCGCUGCGAAGAACAAGGGUUUCAAGGUUGUCCUGGGAAUCUGGCCGGACGUGGAAGAAUCGUUCAACGACGACCUCAAUGCCAUCAAGUCAGUUGCCUCCACCUACAAGGACCAGAUCUACGCCGUCACCGUCGGCUCCGAGACCCUCUACCGCGGAAACUUCACCGGCGCGGAGCUCAAGGACAAGAUCAACACCGUCAAGUCGCAGCUGCCCAAGGGCAUCAAGGUCGGCACUGCGGACAGCUGGAACAAGUUCGCUGACGGCACUGCGGACCCUAUCAUCGGCACGGCGGAUAUCAUCAUGGUGAAUGCCUUUGCGUUCUGGCAGGGCGCCAGCAAAGAGAAUGCCACGCAUGUCUAUUUGGACGAUAUGUACCAGGCUAUUACGCACAUUGAGAAGAUUGCUGGCGGGUGGGAUAAGAAGCCCGAGAUCUGGAAUGGCGAGACUGGAUGGCCCACUGCUGUUGGCACCGACUACGACAAAGCCAAGGGUGGCCUCGAAAAUGCCGCGUACUUCUGGAAGCACGGCUUCUGCUCCCUGCUCGACUGGGGUUACAACGCUUUCUACUUCGAGGCCUUUGACGAGCCCUGGAAGCCUGCCUCCAUCGGCGAUAACGGCAAGGCUGCCGACGAGACGACCUGGGGUGCCUUCACAGCCGACCGGAAGCGGAAGUUUCCCCUGGAGUGCUAGAGUAGUGUUAUCCCUAGUGUGAGGCUUUGCGGGAGCUGCGGACGACAGCGUGUACAGAUUACUUUUGAUCGAAUCAGGAUGCUUUGUAUCGAAGCGAGUUAAAGCGUGCGGCAGGGUUCGACAUCGCUUGCUUCGUGCCUUGGUGUAGACCUUUGUGCUUCUCAUGGAAUCAUUCAACUUUAUAUCCUAUUUUGCGAACUUCAAUUGCAGUGUCAACUCCAAAUUGCUCCAUGUUGUCUCGGAACGAGAUGAUUCUACAUACCUAGGUGUAUGUAUGCGCCAGCUACUCCACCGUGGCUCACAACCCCUUGCCACAUGCAAGGUAUUUCCAAUUACCUGGAGAAUAUAUUCAUAGACAACGG